AUUUAGAACAGGGUCCUCCACGCCAUUACAAAAGCUUCGAGAUAUCAUUGGCAGAUAUACAUCGAGGGGCCGUGAACGGUCGUGCAAGGAGAUCGAGGGAGAUAUUGGUGGUAACUAGCUGUGGUCACUCGGGUGGGGCUGCUGCUGGCACUCUGGCGAUCGCCGGAGCGAUGACCACUUCGCCGGCCGGGUCCCCGGGGUCCCCCGUGGCGGCGCCGGAUCAGGUGGCCGCGCGCGACGCCGUGAUCGGGUGGUACCGCGGCGAGUUCGCCGCCGCCAACGCCGUCAUCGACGCGCUCUGCGGCCACCUGGCGCAGAUCGGCGGCGCCGCCGCCGCGGCCGAGUACGACGCCGUGUUCGCGGCCCUCCACCGCCGCCGCCUCAACUGGUUCCCCGUCCUCCACAUGCAGAAGUUCUACUCCGUCAACGACGUCGCCGCCGAGCUCCGCCGCGUAGCCGACGCCCGCGCCGUCGCAGCGGCCGCGGCAGCAGCGUGCUGCUCCGACGAGGAGGCCGCGUCCACGGUGAUCCAGGAGCCCAUGAUGGACGAGCCCAUCGCCGCCGUCGUCACCGAGGCGGCGCCAGCUGCGCCCGUGCCGGAGCACGUGCACGAGCCUGUGCCGCAGGUCGAGGCGGCUGCGGAGGAGGAGGUGCAGCCUGAGGAGGACGCCGACGCCGUCCUCGCCGUGGACGCGGAGCAGGAGCUGGACGGCGAGGAUUCCUCGGGAGAUUCGUCGGAGCGGAAGGCGGCCUCCACGGAAGACGACGCCGUCCCAGACGGCCCAGAUAACACCGAUCAAGGAUCGCAAGGCAGCCUACCAGAGAGCUACCCUAUCUGCUCCGACCACGAGGACUGCAUCGCCCGCCCCGAGAGGAUCAAGAUCCAGAAGGGCUUCAUGGCCAAGGAGUCCGUCAAGGGGCACAUGGUUAACGUUGUCAAGGGCUUGAAGAUAUAUGAGGAUGUGUUCACCACAUCCGAGCUCGUGAAGGUUGCUGACUUCAUCAAUGGAAUUCGUCAGGCUGGCAGAAAUGGAGAGCUUUCAGGUGAAACAUUCAUAUUCUUCAACAAGCAGAUCAAGGGGAACAAGAGGGAGAUCAUUCAGCUCGGUGUCCCUUUAUUCCAACACACCACAGAGGAGAGCAAUUGUCACAUAGAACCAAUCCCAGUUGUCCUGCAGGCUGUCAUUGACCACCUUGUUCUUUGGCGCUUAAUACCAGAAAGCAGGAAACCAAACAGUGUCAUCAUCAAUUUCUUCGAUGAGGAUGAACACUCGCAGCCCUACUUCAAGCCUCCCCAUCUGGACAACCCCAUUUCCACUCUACUGCUGUCUGAGACCUCAAUGGCAUUUGGAAGGUCACUUGUCACCGACAACAAUGGCAACUACAAGGGACCCCUGACACUCUCGUUGAAGCAUGGAUCACUUCUUGUGAUGCGAGGGAACAGCGCGGACAUGGCACGCCACGUCGUGUGCCCGUCGUCCAACAGACGCGUGAGCAUCACCUUCGUGAGGGUGAGGCCAUCGACGCCGGUGGACCUCAGCCCGCUCCCGUCGCCCACAAAGGCCAUGACGCUCUGGCAGCCUCCGCCGACCGCGGCGGCCGCUGGCAUGCAGAAACAGCCCCACGGAGGGAACGGGGCCAUCAUUGGCUACGGUCCUGCGCCGCAGGCCAUGCUCGCCCCAGCGUGGGGAAUGGCCGUGCGCGCGGCGCCCAUGAUGAUGGUCGCGCCGGCGAGGCCAAUGGUGAUGGCGCCCUCAAGCAACAUCAACAAGAGGAUGGGGCGCGGCGGCACCGGCGUGUUCCUGCCGUGGACUGUCGGGCCCAAGAGGUACAACAAGCACCUCCCCCCGCGCAUCCAGAAGCGCCGGUUCUCGGCGAUGAUGUCGCCGAUAGAGACACAGGGCUGAAGAAGCACCGGGCAGACAGACAUUGAUCCACCACGCCACGGGCGGCGUAUUCGUUCGAUCUCGUAGGCUGCAUACCUCUGGUUCGUGGAGCGGGUUUUCUUCUUCUUCCGAGGCAAAGAAAAAGUUCAGAAACGCGCGGGCAGUGUCUGCCACUGCCCUCCCUGUGUAUUUUGUUGGUGACUGACUCUCGUCGUCGUCCUCCUCUUCAGAAGUGGUGUUGGUAUUUUUUCUUUCUUGUGGGGUUUGUUCUGCCUGUAAUUUAGCUGAGUUUGUGGCCUUGUGAGUAGCACAAGGCCGAAGCGGUACGUAGAAAAUAUGAUUAGGGAUAGGUGAGCUCAGAAUCAAUCAAAAACGUUUUUUUGUCUAUCAUCUCCGGUUCCUAGAAAGAACUGGAUGCAUAUGGAUGUUGCUGUUCAUGUUC